AUGCGUUUGACUUUGACAUCUAAAUUCCCUUCUCCUGUGUUCAGUGAGUCUGAUCUGCAGCGGCCACUGACAGACACUACCAGUCAGGAUGAGGUGGACUGUUUGACGCUGAUCUGCUGUUCCUGGACUGCACAUGGGCUGAUCAGGAUCCCCCUGCGUCAGAUGCUCUCUGUGCGUACCCAGCUGAGAGCCUCCAAUCGCCUCGAGGACUUCAUGAGGGACCACCAGCCUGAUGUGUUCAACCGGAGGUACGCCCAGUGUUACCCCCCUGGUAUCCCCUCUCUCAGGCUGGGUAAGAGCAGCGAGAGGCUCUACAACUUCAUGGAUGCCCAGUACUAUGGACUGAUCAGCCUGGGUACCCCGAAACAGAACUUCACCGUAGUGUUUGAUACAGGAUCGUCUGACCUGUGGGUUCCAUCCUCUUACUGCGUCUCAGAGGCCUGUGGCAUGCACCGCAAGUUCAAGGCCUUUGAGUCCAGCACGUUCAUCCACGACGGCAGGAUGUUUGGCAUCCACUAUGGCAAGGGACACAUGCUGGGCAUCAUGGGCAGGGAAGUCCUCAAGAUUGGCCCGUUGACGGUGAAAAACCAGGAGUUCGGAGAGUCGGUGUACGAGCCAGGUUUUGUUUUUGUCAUGGCUAAGUUUGACGGGGUGCUGGGCUUGGGGUAUCCCUCCCUGGCUGAGGAACUGGGGACACCCGUUUUCGACAGCAUCAUGAACCAGAAGUCUGUGGACCAACCCAUCUUCUCCUUCUACCUCAGCAAGUAG